AUGAAUCGACACUCGUCGGGAUCCGUGGGGAGUCGCUCACCGGCGCACACUCCGCCGAUCAACAGGCCGCUCGGCCGCAGCCGCCUCAGCGCAACACCUCUCACCGAGACUCCGCCAACAAGCACGAGCGCCGGCAGAGCGGGUACGCCAGCAUCGGACAGGACCUUGUCCGGCCGCGUCAAGAAAACACCGCGCAAAGUUGCCAAGAGAAAAGAAGAUGUCUUGAGCGAGAAGGAGAAAGAGGAGGAGCACCGGCAGCUGGAAGAGAUGGACGAGGAAAGAAAGCUUUUCCCUGGCAGCGACAACUGGGCAGAGGACGAGCUAAGGCUCUUCAAGAUUCUGUACAUGAGACAGUACAGUCCUCUGUUACCGUCUCAUUGGGACAUGGACUUCCGAGGCAUUCCCAUCCCAGAAAUCCUCUUCGCGAGCUCCGACGCCCAUCCGCCCAUCAUCAACUCACGAUCAGGCAGUGACUUCAAAGCAACCAGAGCACUUGCCCGCCUUAUUGAGCUGACGGGACAUGUUCGAGGGCUCUGUCAGACGCGCCAAAGACACAGAGCAAGGGCACUUAUUGAGAAGGAACUCCACGAGUACACAAAAUGGGCUGAACAGGACGGAGAGUAUGACAGUCUCGAUUACAUACCGAAUCUCAUCAUUGACAUGGUGGACACAACAAUGACGCCCCAGGCCAUCGAGGAGCACAUGCAGCUUCGUCUCAGAGCUGCCGCCGCCAGCCACCGCGCACAUUGGAGGAAUGACAAGCCAGAGGUUAUUAAUGGUGAUCACGGCCCAAACGGACACCAGACCGAGGCGGACGAUGAUGAAGACGCCGAGCCCGAAGACAAUAGAGUUGUCCUUGUGCCCGACAAGUACCCGACGCCGUCACCGCAGAAGCUGAACACAGAUCCUCCAUCUGCCCCGCCGCAGAACGGCAUCAAUUACGACGAUUCUGACGAUCGCAAACCUACAAGCACGGAACUCGAUAAUUCGGCAGAAAAGCUAAUUCAUGAACCGAACGGCCAAUUCAUCCGUCGCCCGCCAGUUUUGUAUGGGCUGUUCAUCGUCAAUACCUCCGUUAUGGUGUUGACCAUUGACUCGGCGAAGGAAGGGGACCAAGCCUACGUCAGCUAUCAGGUUGAGGUUGGCUUCAGCAAGCACUAUCAAGCCGUAUGGAAUGCCAUCACCGUCGCUAUAGUGGUCUGCUUGGCGAGAGACGCCAUGAUCGAUAUGAAAGAGGACUUCAGCCAUAAAAUGAAUGAUGGAGACAGCGACCCUGAUGCUUGA